AUGUUGUUUACACAGUCCGUUUCCCUAUCGCGGUCCGGUUCCCUCCCGUCAGGUUCCCUAUCGCGGUCCGGUUCCCUAUCGUCAGGUUCCCUCCCGUCAGGUUCCCUAUCGCGGUCUGUUUCCCUCCCGUCAGGUUCCCUAUCGCGGUCUGUUUCCCUCCCGUCAGGUUCCCUAUCGCGGUCUGUUUCCCUCCCGUCAGGUUCCCUAUCGCGGUCUGUUUCCCUCCCGUCAGGUUCCCUCCCGUCAGGUUCCCUAUCGCGGUCCGUUUCCCUCCCGUCAGGUUCCCUAUCGCGGUCCGGUUCCCUAUCGCGGUCCCUUUCCCUCCCGUCAGGUUCCCUAUCGCGGUCCCUUUCCCUCCCGUCGGGUUCCCUAUCGCGGUCCCUUUCCCUCCCGUCGGGUUCCCUAUCGCGGUCCCUUUCCCUCCCGUCGGGUUCCCUAUCGCGGUCCCUUUCCCUCCCGUCGUGUUCCCUAUCGCGGUCCGUUUCCCUCCCGUCGGGUUCCCUAUCGCGGUCCGUUUCCCUCCCGUCGGGUUCCCUAUCGUGGUCCGUUUCCCUCCCGUCGGGUUCCCUAUCGCGGUCCGUUUCCCUCCCGUCGGGUUCCCUAUCGCGGUCCGUUUCCCUCCGUCGGGUUCCCUAUCGCGGUCCGUUUCCCUCCGGUCGGGUUCCCUAUCGCGGUCAGGUUCCCUCCGGUUGGGUUCCCUAUCGCGGUUAGGUUCCCUAUCGCGGUCCG